UCGGAGAUCGUAGCCACCCCGAUAGCUCUCGAUUCCUUGUUAGAGUAAUACAACUCACCGUCAACGGUUGUCGCGUCGCUCUGUGUCAGUCUGUCAUCGACCUCGCACUCGGAAACGUGAUCGCCGUCGUUAUCCUCGCGCUUUUCAUUGUUCUCUUUCUAUUCGUAUUAAUUCAUCUUCGUCGUCCUUGGAUUUGUCGUCUAUUCUUCCUUCUAUUUCUUCUUUACACUUAUUCCUCGUUAUCGCGAAUCUUUUAGGGAAAUUCUCUCUAUUGCGAUUAACGAUCACCGGAAAAAUACACAAAUAAUUUGGAUGAAUAAUCUAAAUCCUACAAAUUCUCAAGGGACAAUUAUUAACCUACCGAAUCGAAUAUCCUAAUCGCGAAUCAAACAUAAAAUUAUAAGUGAAAGAGACGUCUUCUUUUUUGGAUGUUACCUUUUCGUAUAUAUAUACUUUUUCUACGAACUUAUCCAUGCUUCUUUCUCUCUCUCAAACAUGAUAUAUUAAUAUUCGAGUUUAUAUUAACGCCCACCGUCAUCUCUCGUCAUCGACCGUUCGCGAAUAAGAGUGAGAUCGUUCGGAAAAUCGAAAUUGUUACUUAUACCAUUCCUUUUUAGUUUCUUCCUAUCCUUCAUCCUCUAUCAAGAUCAAAUUUUAUCGUGCUUUUUAUGAGAUUUACUUUGGAUAAAAAGAUCGAAUAAUUUCUCUAUCAUCUGAGAAGAAGAGACACGCGGGGAAUAUGUCCGCAUUUGGCGCCGGUUGAAUCUUCGAUAUAUCAACGAGAAUCACGGUUAUGAUUUACAAUUUUUUGGAUUUUACGUGCGUAUUUAUUGAAAAGUCAAAAGACAAUAUAUUGGAAUAUAUCUAAACGGAAAUCGCAAACUUUAACUAAAACAAGUUGUUUCAAAUCUGAAAUGAAAAAUUACAAACAAUCUAACAUAAUGUUGAUAAUAUAUAUAUGACAUAAGGAUUUUUAAACAGAUUUGUUACUAUAAAAAAAUUAACGAUGGAUCUUUGGAAGGAAUAGUUCUAUAAAGCUGCAGACAGUUUGACAUAUAUUGUUUAUUGGCUAUAUAUAAUAAUUACCAGAAAAUGUCAUCUUUAAGAACACAAUCGACUGGUGGUGGUGUCCUGGGUUUGAGCAGUAUUUGCUCUGAUCGUACAGGAGCCACUUCAAUUGCUAGUGGUUCUCAUUCUCAUUCCCAUACACAUAGAAAACAUCAUCACAGUAGAAGUAGAAGUGCUCCUAGAGCACCAGAAAAGCCACCUAGAAAACGUCAUUUAAAUCCUGGACAUAGCUUGGUCUCCAUUCCAAGUCAAAUUAAAUUAUCAAUGUUAAACAGUGGCCUCAUUUCUUUUGCGACAGAAGAACUUAGUAGUAGUAUGAGCACUACAUUACCUACAGCACCAACUGAACUUUCACAAUUUCCAAAGCUUUGUGAGCUUCGAAGAAAGUUUCCAGUUUUAUAUCGUGUAGAAUUUCAAACAGCAGCAAAGGUAGAAUCACAUUCAUGUAGACAUGCUAUAAAACCAGUGAAUAAAGAAAAGAAUCAAAACCAGAAAUGUAUUCCAUAUGACUAUAAUAGAGUGGUUUUGGAUACAAUAGAGGGUGAAACAGAUUCUGACUAUGUUAAUGCAUCUUAUGUAGAUAGUAUCUUGAAACCAAAUGCUUAUAUCGUGACUCAAGGUCCUAUGGAAAAUACUGUAACAGAAUUUUGGCGAAUGGUUUGGCAAGAAAAAGCAUCUUGUAUAGUUAUGCUUACAAAAACUUUUGAUUUCAUACGAGUCAUGUGCGUCCAAUAUUGGCCAGCAAGUAAAGAGAAGGAUGAAGAAUAUGGAGGUAUUGGAGUUUCAAUAUUACAGGAAGAGCAAUUAGCCAAUUUUCAUAUACGUACAAUAAAACUUUAUAAAAAGGAUGAAAGCAAUGAAAUUUGUGAAGAGAGAACAUUAUUACAAUUUCAUUAUACAGAAUGGCACUCUCAUACAUGUCCCUUUGGUAACGCAGUGUUAGAAUUUCGUCGUCGUGUUAGAGCAGUUGUCGGAUCUACUAUAAAAAAUGAAUCAGGUCCUAUGGUAGUUCAUUGCAAUGAUGGUGGUGGUCGAUCAGGAGUGUAUCUUGCAAUAGAUGCUAAUAUGGAGUUAGCUGAAGAAGAAGAUGCCUUUGAUGUAUUUGGAUAUUUAAAAAAGUUGAGACAAAGUAGAAGAGGACUGAUAGAAAAUUUGGAACAGUACAAAUUUGUAUAUGACACAUUGGAAGAAUUUGUAAUAUGUGGUACUUCAUGGUUUCCAGUUUCGGAAUUAUCGCUACGUUUGAAACAAAAAGGUAUAAAAAAUCCCAUUACUAAAAUGAACGAGUAUUUACGAGAAUAUCAACAAAUAUGUAAACAAACUCCACGAUUUACGAUCGGAGAUUGUGCAGGAGGACACAGAGCUGAUAAUCGUGAAAAGAAUAGAGAUGUUUUGGUUGUACCACCUGAUAACUUUCGACCAUAUCUUACUAGUUUCCAAGGGAACAAUUUCACAGAUUAUAUAAAUGCUGUCUUUGUGGAUGGCUACACAAAACCAAGAGAAUACAUUGUUACUGAGUGGCCUCUACGAAAUACAUGUGGUGAAUUUUGGUCUUUGGUUUAUGAUUAUGAAUGUGCAGCAGUUGUUGUAUUAUGUGUACCACCUCAGGGUUCUACAAAUUUUCCAAGUUUUUGGCCCGAUGGAAGGCAUUCCAAAAAAUAUGGUCCUGUAUUUACUAUUGAUCAUAUUAGUCAUAAUCAUUAUACGAAUAUUAAAACUUGGGUAUUUAGAAUAAAUAAAAAAAUUAUUUCAUUACCUGAGUUAAUGGCAGGAGUGAAAGCACCUCCAAAAACAGUUCAAUUAUUUCAAUUAACGUGUUGGCCUAUGGGCCAUAAAGUACCAACAUCUACAAAUAGCUUAGUAGAAUUAAUGAAUAUGGUCGAACGCUGGAGACAAAGAACGGAUUAUGGUCCAGUAGCAGUCGUGUCUCCUGAUGGAAGAAGUCGUUGUGGUGUUUAUUGUGCUGCCAAUGCAUGUAUAGAACAAGUAAUACAACACGGCGAGGUAGAUAUAUUUCAAGCUGUGAAAACAGUGCGUAGACAUCGGCCUCAGCUAAUAGAGAAUAUGACAGAGUAUAAGUAUUGCUACGACUUAGUUCUACAUUAUGUGCUGCAUUAUUUGAAUAAAGAUAUGAACGAAAAAAAGUGAGAAAGCGAGUUGGGGGACGAGCUGUGGUUCAUAGAAUUUGGUCGUGGUGCAGCGCUACCAUUAACACCA